AUGAAUAAACAUUUGGACACUGUUUUUGAUGUCAGCGAUAAUAAAAUGUUGGACUUAGUUUCGAGGGCUACAAUUGAGAAAAUGAAAGCCCAUAUAAUAAACAGAAACGGUAGGCCAUAUGAAUGGAGUAUUCAUGAUUUUGACAUUGGCACUCCAUUAGGUAGAGGCCGUUUUGGCAGAGUGUAUUUAGCUAGAGAUAGGCAUACAAAUGUUGUUUUUGCAUUAAAACUUUUACACAAAUCUGAAAUUAUUAAAAGCAAUGUUCAAAGACAAGUUCUUAGAGAAAUUGAAAUUAAUUGUCACUUAAAGCAUCCUAACAUCUUAAAUAUGUUCACAUAUUUUGAUGAUAAAAGAUUUAUAUACCUUGUUCUUGAAUAUGCUGCUGGGGGAGAAUUAUAUCGAAAGAUGAAUUCUUUGCCUGAAAAACAUUUCAGUGAAAAACAAUCUGCUAAGUAUUUGUACCAAGUAGUUAAUGCUUUAAAUUAUUGUCAUAAAAAAAGAGUCAUUCACAGAGACAUUAAGCCUGAAAACAUAUUAUUAUCAGCUAAUGAUGACAUUAAACUAAGCGAUUUCGGGUGGUCAGUUCAUGCUCCAAAUUCUACUAGAAGAACUAUGUGUGGCACACUUGAUUAUCUUCCUCCAGAAAUGGUUUUAAAAGAAAAUUAUAAUGAAAAAGUUGACAAUUGGUGUAUUGGAGUGUUAUGUUAUGAAUUUUUAGUAGGUCAACCUCCUUUUGAAAGUUCUGUAGCUGAUGCAACAUAUCAAAAAAUAAAAGAUACAAAAUAUACAUUUCCCGAUUACAUUUCCGUCGGUGCAAAAGAUUUAAUUAGAAGGGAAAUAAUGCAUCAUCCAUGGGUUUUACAACAUUACAAUCCGCCUGAAAAUUUUGAAAACACAGAGCGGAAAGAUUUUAUAGAAGUAUUGAUUGCUGACAAAUAA